AUGAUGCAGAAAAUGGAUGACCAUGCUGUCAUACUGGGAGUCAUUGAACACAUCCCCGACCCCAACUAUCGCCGCUUCGCACGCACAAUGUGGGAUGUGCUGAAGCCCGGUGGCCGUGUCUAUCUUGAUGGCUCGGCGGGGGUGCAGAAAUUCGCUGUUAGCGCCCUCACGAGAGGCUAUAUCUGGCCCGGCACACAUACGUUCAUGACACUGCAAGAUGUCCUUGCGGAGGGCCUGUAUCAUGGCUUCUCGGUGAUGGAUGUAGCUAAUGAGACUCCGGACUAUGAGCUCACGAUGAUGGAAUGGGCGAAACGACAGGAUUCGGCGAAGGACGAGCUCAUCGCUGGCUGGGGAGAACGGACUUACUGUGUCUUCCGCUUGUGUCUUACACAAGGGCCCGCCUAG